AGAAAGAUAAACAACAUAUACCGGUAUAUCUAAAGAAAAUAAAGGAUAAUUCGAAAGAUAUAAAGGAAAAUAUUACUGUUUUCUCUUUUUUUUUUUAGCAGACUGUUGUUGAAAAAGGCACCGCUCCUUGUGGUGGUGGGGGGGGGGGGAGGGGGUACGAAGGAAAACGAAACGCCCUGCUCUUUGAACUUUGCUCAUGAAUACAGCUAGCUAGCCGGCCCGAGAGAGAAGUCGCCAUAAUGCCAUGUACAGUAUGCAUAAUGUAUGCUGAAGGCCUGUAUUGUCACAUGUUCAAUCUUUCUCUCACAUGACCAACUUGUUUGGCCCCGUGACUAGCGCUAGAAAUCCUGAUUCGUUUUUGCUUUCCCACACGUUUCAACCACAUGGAUGUUCUCGAUCACACACUAGAUCAAGGACCACAAGACAAGGACAAAGAUUUAGACGAAGAAGUGACAGUACAUCUAACAGCAGAUGGAGAUCAGGUUGUUACAGACCCCAGUGGAGAGGGGCCAUUUGCUGAGAAUAUCCAGUAUCAGUUCCGUACAGACAGCAAUGGACAGAGCCAGGUAACAUACCGAGUGGUUCAGGUAGGAGAUACUGAAGCCAACCCGCAAGCCGUUGUGACGACAUUCCCCCAGGGACAACAAGCUUUGACACAGGUCAUCCAGGGGUCGUUCAAUGGAGAGAGUCCGACGAGUGAAAGCCAGGGAGGAGAGACAAGAUUCACCUACUUUCCUGCGGCAUCAACGAUGGGUGGCGAUGGUGGAGGGACGGCUAGCGGUGGGGAACAACCUGGGAUCGCUGCACAGCCAACAGGUUCGUCAGGUGGUCAGUUUUACGUGAUGAUGUCACCUCAAGAUGUCCUACAGGGAGCAUCACAGAGAACCAUAGCACCAAGGACACACCAGUUCAAUACGAAGGUGGACAGUGCAAGAACAGUGCGGGAUGAGAGGAGGAGAGCCACGCACAAUGAGGUAGAAAGAAGAAGAAGAGAUAAAAUCAACAAUUGGAUCGUCAAACUAUCCAAAAUCAUCCCAGAUUGCAACAUAGAUCAUUCCAAACAAGGCCAGAGUAAAGGAGGUAUCCUCUCAAAGACAUGCGAUUACAUCCAGGAUCUCAGGCAGUCUAAUACACGCAUGGCCGAGAGCCUGAAGGACGCAGAGAGACUCUCCGUCGACAUUGAACUCAUGAGACAGCAGCUUGAGGAAGUCAAAGGAGAGAACGCCCUCUUGAGAGCACAGUUACAACAGGCGGGAAUCGAUCCGACGGGAAGUUCAAAUUGAGAGACAUUUUUUUUGUUUUUUGGAAGUCAGUAGGGGCGUCAGCUUUCAUAGGGAGUUGAUAAGUAUUUGCUGACCCCCGACUUUGUGCAAAAGCAUUGGAAAUACCUGUAACAGUGAUAUCUUUGGGGGACAGCAAACAUGAGUGUACCACUGAGAACUUCUGCAGCUAAGCCUGAUUAGCCUCAAGCAACUGUCAGGCCAGGGGAUAGUGAAAAAAUAAGGCAUUUUCAAGUAGAAUUGCAUUACGAUUGCUAGUCAUAAAUCUCAAUCUACCAUUGUUCAACCCUGUGUGAUUUAUAUCCAUGAAAGCUGAUGCCCCGUAGACUUCAAGUUUUCAUUUUUCUCUCUCCAUUCUUGAGAAUAUUUUUCCAAGUCAGGACAUGUUUGUAUAUUGGAGACACUUUCAGACUCAGCCAAUUUGGUUAUUUUUGUAUUCGUAGUGGUAGAGUAGGCUUCUUCCCUGGCGCCUAUGAGUUUGUGCUGGAAAAACAAUUGGUUGCUUUAUCAAAGCUUCAGCUACAGUGUAGGCCCUGUUACAUGAAGCUUAGCGACUGAUCGUUGGGUUGAUUUCUACCAUUGAUUGCAUUGGUUAUUAUCUAUGAUCAAUCGUAAAGUCAACCUAUGAUUAAUUGCUAAGUUUUAAGGCGACCUUACGAUUGGUCUGCGACCCGAUUUGGAAAAGAACCUAGUAGAAUUUGAUGCUAAUAUUGAAACACAGAAUAUCUUACUGUGUAAUGUUCUAAAUCAUCGUACAAAUACCUAUGUUCAAAUCUGUGACUAUGCUAUCAUCCUUCUUAGAAUAAAAGCAAAUUUAAUAUCUAGUCGUAAUGACGCCAUAGCAGUCGUACGAUUGGCUACGAUUUGAAACUAAUUUUGCAUUUACUCCAAAAUAAAGGCAUGCAAUCUUUCAAAAUGGUUAUAUUAAUAUUCAAUUAAUUUUAACCUCAAAUAAAGUUAUAUGUUCCAGUCACAUUUUCAGAAAAUGAGCAAAAUGCGAUUUGUUCCAAAAUCGGAUCGCGAACAGUUGUAAGGUGUGCGGUGGCCUUUAUUGAGACAGGGCCAUGGACACAUGUCUAUCAGCAUUGACUAUAAUUUCUAGCACCACGAAUUUUAGUUUUCAUAUCAUCAAACAGCAAUGACAUCUGUCAGUGAUUUGCGCCUUGCAUCUGGGUACAGUAGCAUAAAGUUACUUAGAAUCAAUUCUCAGUCAAUCCUCACACUCAAGUCUGUGGACAAUAUUUGUUCUCUGAAAAUGUCUAAAUUAUCUGGUAAUUCUGUUUCCGUGGUCAAAUACAGCAAUGUCAUAAAUUUAGAAAGAAACUUGGUAGAAUGAAAGAGUUCAUAUGUCAGUUGAAAGAACAGACAUAUUUUCUGAGCAGUGAAUUGGUAAAACCCAAGGCAAGUUAUAAACCAGACCAGAAGUAUUGACUUUGCCCGUCUUUAAUUGCCCAUAUUUCAUUCUAAUUGUUAUACCAUAGAACCCUAAUGUCCUAAUCAUAAAAAUAUUACUACGGUAUUUUACUAAAAUUUUGUAUAAAAACUUAGCAGAAUAUCUGAUAAUCUCAUACAUUGAUCUUUUCAGGAAAGUGGGAUUAUACAAAUGAAAUUUUUACUAACUUUUGUGCCAGUUUUUCUAUUGCCAUUGCUUAAACUGAGCUUAGUCCAAAUUGCUUCCUAAAUUUGUGGAUUGAAGUAUCGCCUACUCAUAUUUGCUUCUUUUAUUCUGGUCAUAUCCAUAUCAAAUUAGAUAUAAAGUUGGAUUUCUGGGCAGGGCACUUGAACAUGUAUAUUCACAAUAUUAGAUUUACCUCACCUCUUUGCAUCCCACAUGAUUUCAAAUUUGAUUUUACCUUUAUAGAUACCAUACAGUAGUCACCAUUUAUACAUUCAAUAUAUUUGCUUUUUUUCCUUUAUCCUUUGAAAAGUCUGUCAUUUUGAUCUAUUUAAUACUAGAAAAAAUAUUUCACUGCUGGACCAGUGAUGAAUCAGUUCUAACUUUCAUAAACCGAGAAAUAAACUUGUAGAUAUGAAAAAUGUUGAUGUGUUUUGCUGUUAACCUGAUUGCAUGCGUAGUUUUGUGGUUUGUAAAAAGAAAGGCAAGACUCUUUAUUAUGAAUAUUUCAUACAGUUGUUUCAUAUACUAGUAGUAUGGACAAACUAAAAUCUAGAGAAACAAUGUUUAAUGUUCAUUGGAUUGUUAUAAUUCUAGGAGAAAAGAGUAAGUUGUUUUAUACACCUCAUAGAUGAGUUGAUUUAAACAGGAACUUAUUUAGGUAAUAUUCAAACAGCUAGUGGGAGGCAAGAAAAGUAUGCAGAUUCUUAAAAUAAAUUUGUUUUGAGAAGAAAUGAUUCAGAUCAUUUGUAAAUUUGUAACUGCUUUGUGUUUAACUUGCAUUGGCUUACAAGACAUUCAGGGAUAAUUAAUCUGUUAUGUAACUUAUUUCUUAUACACAGGCUUAACAAAUGUUAUUUACAUUAAAGGAGAAUGAAACUCUUGGAGCAAGUUAGCUUUUGUGAAAGCAGAAAAAUCAAACAAUAAGACCAACAAAAGUUUGAGUAAAAUAGGACUAGCAAUAGAAGAGUUAUGAGCAUUUGAAUGUCGAGAUCACUAAUGCUAUGUAGAUCCUCCCAUUGGCAAUGCGACCAAGAUCUAUGAUGUCACAGAUGAACAACUCUCCCUUUUGGACACUGAAAAUAUACCCCAAAACAUCUCUUUUUGCUCAUUCUAAUCAUAUGACAAACAAUUCAUCAAUGAUAUAAUGUUGUGAAACCUCUGUACUUGUCCUCUCAUAAAGAGAACACCUCACCUUGUGAUAGACUCUAUAAAAGUGAGAAUAUAAGUGAAAUAAGUACUAAAGUAAUCAUGGUAAUGAGGGAGUUGUACGUGUGUGACAUCACAGAUCUUGGUCGCAUUGCCAAUGGAGGAUCUACAUGGCAUUAGUGAUCUCAAUAUUCAAAUGCUCAUAACUUUCUUAUUAUUCAUUCAAUCUUCCUCAAACUUUCAACAAUAUGUUUCUUUGAUUUUUCUCUUUGAUAUGGAUUCAGCUGGUUUCAAGGGUUUCAUUCUCCUUUAAUUAUAAACUAUACUUGUAAAUAAUCUUAGUAAAAAAUGUCAGAAAGGCAAUAUUGGAAGUUUUGAAUACAUUAUGUACUUUAAAAGGUAUAUGUUUUAACAUUGACCUUUUUCAUUUUUGGCACCAAUUUUUUGCUCAGUAUGUUUCUGCAACUGUUGGUAUCAUAUUGUUAGUUAUAUUUGUAACAAAAGUCUACUACUUUUUAUCAAGACCCUACUUGGAGACUGUUAGGGUCUGCAUGCGAAGACUAGGGGUAUUCUCAAACUUAUUACUGAGCAUUUUGUGAAACCAUUUUUUUUUCUCCUUCAUUUUUAAGACAGAUUAUUGUUCCCUUCUUUUUUAUAUACCAAGAAGGUAAACACAAAUAAUGGUGUUUUAUAAUUGGAUAAAUGUAAUUAAAGGUUUGAUACCUAUUCAAAAACAUCGUAA